AUGCCCCCACCGUACGCCUAUCAUGAUCUGCUUGACGCUGCAGCGAGAGUGGGCCGUAUUGAAGGGAUCAUGGGCUACAAGUUCAAAGACAAGAUGAUUUGCAUCGAAGCGCUCAAGACCACUUCGGCGACUACACCGCUUUAUUUCAACGGGGUCGUUCAUCACAUAGACAAAAACAACCGCCUGGCAUUGCUAGGUGAUCGAGUUCUCUCUUUAGCUCUAUGCGAUGUUUGGUUCAAGACAGGAAAUACCAAUGCGGAAUACACUUUGAUGCAGCCGGAUAUAGAAAGCAGAGUUGGUUUGGGUAAGAAAGGAUACGCGCUCGGUAUAAACGACAAUCUGCUUCUUCACGAUCGGCAACCCUCCACAUUUAAUCAUGUUGCCGAGGCUUUCGAAGCUGUACUUGGUGCUAUCUACUUGGACUCUGGGAACAGCAUCGAAACCGUCAAGGAAGUUGUCACCGGAAUCAAGCUCGAUAGUCACAAGAUGUUAGAAGAGCAGAUUACGGCCCAGGAUCGUCUGGACAAUAAAAGGCUUGCGGCGCUACAGUACUCUGAUUAUAUGAGGAACCAAGCUGCGUACACCAGAAAAGCCCAGCUGGAGGCCAAUGAGGCAGCACUGGCAGCGAAAGAAGCAGCAAAACUGGCGGAAAAACAGGUGGCAGAUCAGCCUAGAGAGGAGGCGCAAGAAGACACUCAAAUACACGAUGGACACUCGGGAACAGUUCAGCCUCAAACUAAGAAGAAGAGCAGCGUUGCGCUCACACAUGCGGAGGCCUCGAAAAAUCUAGCCGACUCCGUAAUCGAAUAUCGCAAGAAUGGUCACCCGAGUGACGCAAAGGAUCUGGGCCGACUUGAUAGAAAAGACGCGCAACGCCAAAGUCCAGCCUCGAAGGAAAAACCAUCAUCGCAGAAUUCCAAUCAAGCAUCGGAUUCAAAACUGCAACGACGCGCGGUCGUAGCUGCCAACAAGCUAUCGAAAGAAGGCUACCUAUUAAAUGAUGUCUUGGAACACGAUGACAAGAAAACAGUCUCUAAACGCCCAGAUUUGCCAGCAUCUCACGUCGAGAACCAGGACAAGAUAGUCAACCGAGGCACCAAACUAUCGCCGGAGGAAGAAGCGGAUGAGUUUGUCGCAUCGAUGAAGUUUCCAGCAGAAAUGGAAUCAUCUGAGGGCUUGAAAAGCAGUGAUAAAUACAUCAUGAGAAGAGCAUGGGACAGGGCGGUACAAAGAUGCUACGACAGCAUCAGAAGAGGCGAGAAGAGGGACUUUGAGGGAACGUUUACGCAUAGGAUUAAGAAAUUGGUACAUGACCAGGUAACUAUCGGUUCAGUAUCAAACCGAUCGAAAGAAACGAGGAGGCUUCUCCGCCUGCAAGCAAGGCUUCGAGGCCACAUCCAAGGAGAAGAAGAUGAGGAUACACAUCACCAGGUCAAUUCAAAGGUUCCAAUCAAGCUUAGUGAAGAGACAACACAGGCACCGGUGGCCAUGUCACCGGAGCCGACAGCUGCGACGGCAACGAAAGCGAAUCUUGCUUCUCAAGAGAUAGACCCUAUACGCGAGAUCGUAGACACUGGACUGGAGAAAGCAGAACCUCAACCGAAGACUGGUAUGAACGACGAUAAGCCAGCUCGAGGACUCUCAGACUCGUCUGAGAAAUCCCGUCUUGCAGAUGCUGCCACCACAGAGAUGGACGACGACAAGAACAUACAAGUGCGCACCAAGGAUGUUGAAUCACUAGAAAGAGAUAUUCUCAACUCGCAUAACAACGCAUGGCAAGCGGCUGAUGCCGCAGAAACGUCAACAUCACAGCAGCGCAGCGGACGCACAACUCGUGCACGCCGUUCUGCUGCGGAGGGCCAGACGGAGAAUCCAUCUGCUCUGAACGAAUUUUUCGAAUCGGACACGGACAGGUUCAUGUCUACCAUCACGCAAAACGAUUCAGAAGCGUCCGACGCCCCUCAACCGAAACCUCAUGAGGAAUCUGACAUGCAAUCUUCGGACUCUACUAAGGAGCCAGGGGAAUCGUCCGCCCCACUUGCAAGGAGGACAUAUUCUCAACAUGCCAAUCGAAGCACGCGUCGUCGAUCAACAAAACGUUCAUGA